CAAAUUUUUCGCAUUAACAUUAUGAAUAACACUACACACGAAACAAACACUAACAAUACUCAUAACGUAAAAGGCGAAAAACUUUUAAAAUUAAUUGGCAAUAAUAUUCAAGAAAAAUUAUUCAUAUCUAAACUUCAUGAUUAUAAAGCUAAACAAAAAGAAUUGCUAAAAACAUCUACGAAACUAAUAAAAACGCAUGAAAAAUGUAUAAAAUUAGCUAAGGAAACAGGUUCAACAAAACUCAAAAACAUCGAAAAAAUUGAACACGUGGUGGCUCGAAUCGUGCACGACGCUUUGGGCACUCGGAAGUCAGUGGACAGCGGCCGGACGAAUGGGAUCCCGGAGGAAAUCGCAGACGUACCGCUCGCGGCCCAGGACCUCAGGGUAUGGGGUCGAGAGUCGUCAGACGCGGAAGUGUUGGAAGCGAUCGCGACAAAGGUGUUUGACGUUUACACGCGGCACCGGGCAGAGCUGGACGGGCUGGUCGCGGAGAACAGACGGCUGUGCGCGCUGGUGCCUGGGCCACCGCAGCCGGCGGCAGCUGUAGGUCGGCGGAACAUGGAGGCCGCGGCCGACUUUGUGGAUUUGAUGGGACGCGUGCGGGACGCGGUGCGGAACGCAAGCGGCCACCGGACACGGCUAGCACUGGUCACCGACCGGCUGAGAGCGGUGGCCAAGGACAAACGCGACCUGCUGGACACCAUACACAGGAACCGAUCGAGCCGGUCGUCGGCCACGGAGACGGCGGACUCGCUGCGCGCGAUACUGGACAAGGAGAGGCGCAAGAACGAACAUUUGCAAGCGGUCGUGGACGAGAUGUUCGCCGCGGCGGCCGCGCACAACGACCACGACCGGCCGUGAGCAUGCGUACGACAUGGUUGUCGGUCGGAUCGUUUCGAUUGAACACAAAAAAAAAAAACAUUAUAUUCGCAGGACCAACGGACGUUUUUUGCGUUUGAACAAGUCGAACAAAAAUAUAAAACCUAUUGUCGAUAUAAAAGAAAUUAAAAUUUCUUUUAAAAUUUCUCCGUGUAAGAUACGGUGACUAUAUUAUGAAAAUAUAAAAAACAGGACAGCUGUUAAUUACUCCCCAACCAAAGAAAAAACCUCUCGUCCAUAUACAUUCACACAUAUACACAUAAAUCUCGAGAG